CACUGUUCUUUGGUGGUUAUUACUUAUUUCUUCAAUUCUUGUAGGUUAGAAAUAUUUGGUAUUUUUGUACAUAGGUACCUAAUGUUUCUUUGGAAAUUGCGAUGUUAUAUUUGUUUAAAUUAAUUGUUUUUGUAAUAUGAAAAUACAGCAAAUCUUGUGUACUGCUUCAGCGCUUAUCACAAGAUUUAAGCAUACUCCGCAAACUUACUUAAUAUAGUUAUCUAAAAAAUAAAAUGGAAUUCGCAAGAAAACAACUGGAAAAAUACGGUUGGAGUGAUGGCAAAGGUCUGGGCAAAUAUGAAACUGGCAUAUCAGAACCACUGAAGGCAAAAAUAAAGCACAGUCUUACAGGUGUUGGAUACGAUCCUGCUGCAGACUUUACUGAACAUUGGUGGAGUACCUUGUAUGAUAAAGCUGCAAGCAAUUUAGAGGUGGAGAAUAAAGAUGGGAAAACAAAAAAAAUACAAAGGAAGAGCAAAGAUGAAUUUGAAAUAACAAACAGCACAUGGAAGUUGAAAAAAAAGAAAAAGGAAAUUCCCAAAGACAAUGAGCAGUAUUCAGAAUUGUUUGUUAAGACUGCUGUUAUUGGGCAAGGUGGUGAUAUAACAACUAGAGUCAGAGACUCUGAUUCGGAAUCUGAUGAUGAAGAUGACACCAAGGACAAAGUAAAAUUGACAGAUGAAGAAUUAUACGUAGCCUGCCAGGGGAGAACAGCUCAUAAAGGUGCACGUCAUGGUCUAAAGGCAUUAGGCAAGCUUUUAAGGAUAGAACAGCAAGAGCAAAUUCUUAUACAACAGCUAAAAUACAAAGGGUACACACAGCAUGAGAAAAUAAAAUAUAUUUGUAAAGAAGACUCUCAAAUUGUUGAAGAUGCAAAUUUAAACAGCCAAACUGAGAUGAAUCCUAUUAAAAAGAAAAAUAAAAAGAAAAAAAUACGAUGCACCAGUACAGUUACAAGAAGCAAUGAAAUACAAGAAGCUGAACAGGUACCAAAAGACAGUGAGGCAGUGUAUGAAAAUGAUUUAGUAAGUGGUAGAAAACCUACAAAAUCAAAACACAAAACUGAUGAAGAAAACACUCAGGCUGAGAUUCCAGAGGAGACAGAAAUAAUGAAAACAAGAAAGAAGAAGAAGUAUCAAUGCGAUAGAACAGAUGAUUGUGUAAAUGUACAAGUAAUUGAUAAUUUAUCAAAUGACAGUGUUACUAAGAAUGAAAAUAAUGCAUUAAUAAUUGGUAGAAUAUCUGCAAAAUUGAAAUGCAAAGUUAAUGUUGAUAUUCCAGAUCAUGAAGGUUUGAAAAGGAAAAAAAAGAAAAAAAAUCAUCAUGACAAGAUAGAAGACACAAACUGAAUAAUUGAAAUCAAAAACAAAGUUGUUGAAUGCGAACACAUGCGAAAUUCCAAGAGGCUGACAAAAUAAACAAAAAUGCCACAUCGUUUUUUUCAUUAAAAUCAUCUGAAUUUAUAUUACAUGUAU